AAUAGAAAAUGCUGAUUACAUCCGGGAUAUUUCAAGAUGUCAGCCCCCUUGGUUUCUGUUUUCCCUUGAUACGUGGAAGGGCUCUUUGCACUGGAUAAAUCUUCUGAACUUUGAGAAUCUAUAGGGGACCUGCCUGUAUCAACACUGAAUGAUCUUUGAAAUGGGAAUACUUUCCACUCGUAAAGUGGGCUUCUUGCUCGCUUUCGUCUGGAUCGGUACGCUGUGCUACAUUUGGCUUCCUGACAAUUUGCCCGACUUUUUGCAGCAUAGCACAAAGUCUACGCCAAGAUCAGACAAAGUUGAUUUACUUUCGUCUCUGAGAUACAAAAAUGCAUCGGCAAAUUCAAAGGAAGUCAUUCAUGUGUGCAUCACUUCGGAUAAGAAUACUGUUGGUGGCAUGGUGGCAUUGAUGAACAGUAUUGUCUCCAACACAAAGUCGCGUGUCAAGUUCCACUUGGUUGUAGACGAAGAAAGCAUGGACCAUUUGAGCAUUUGGCUCAUGACAUCCAAGUUGAAGAAUGCGAGUUUUGAGCUGAAAGCUUUCCCACCCCAGUGGGUGGAGGGGAAAAUUCUCCUCCGAGGCGGAAGGAAAGAACUCGGCAGUCCUCUGAACUAUGCGCGUUAUUAUCUGCCUCGACUGUUUCCCAAACUGAAAGAGAGGAUAAUUUUUCUUGACGACGACUGCAUUGUUCAAGGAGACAUCAGAGAGCUGUACAACACGCCCUUCAAGAAAGGCCACAUAGCGGCUUUCUCCGAGGAUUGUAUCGGGGUCAACAAACGCCUCAGUCGACUCACUAAUGUGUAUGCAGAGUAUCUGGACUUCAAGAAUCCCCACAUCAAGGAGAUGAAGAUGAAGGCGACGGCGUGUUCGUUCAACACGGGUGUGUUUGUGACGGACCUGAGGGAGUGGGACAAGCUCAACAUCACGGCACAGCUAGAGUACUGGAUGGAGCUCAACACUAAGGAAGAGGUGUACGGCAACGAGAGAGGGGGUGGAGGGUCCCAGCCUCCCAUGAUGAUUGUUUUCUACAACAAGUUCUCCGCCAUUGACCCCAUGUGGCACGUGCGCUAUCUGGGCUGGACAUCCGGCACCAGCUACAGCAAGAAGUUUGUGGCCAAGGCCAAACUGUUGCACUGGAACGGGAAGUUCAAGCCGUGGGGUCGAGUCUCGCAGCACCACGACGUCUGGGACCGUUACUUCUUGCCUGACCCCGGCAAUCGUUUCAAGCCCAUGAGGAGGACAUAAGAGGUUCUUUCGCGGCGAUCCCGAUUGCUUCUUGGGGGAAGUUUUGUGGGAGUUUUUUUUUUGCCAAAGCUGUGGCGAAUGAUCUGUUAUGUUCUACUAUGAGGGUUAGAUAUGUUCUUGAGUCCCACUUACUUCUCUUGAUAGAGUUAGCAAGGUCCAGUUGGUCUUCUAGUGUAUAAAAGUAAAUGGUUUGACAUGUGUUGGAUGUUAUUUGUUGGUAUUGGGUUUAAAGGUCUGGAGGGGGGGGGGGUUCUUGUCAGUGUACAAAGUCAUCCGAACUCAUUUUUCAUAAAACAUUUAGUCCAUGCUAAUUAAGUUCAUAGGUUCUGUGGCUUUCAUUUGGAAUGGGUUGUCCCCUGGCUACAAUAUUGGUUUGAUUGAUUGUCACAAUUAAUGUGCAUACUUAGUAAAGCAGGGGGAAAAAAGCUAAGAAUUAUUUCAAGAGGGAAAAUGUAGAGAAACAAUUUUUUCUCUUUCUAGAAUACUCAGAAUUGUGUCCCUUUCUACAGCUUCGCUGUGCGACCAAGUGGUUUCAAAGUGCUCGAUCUCUCUCUACUGUUAUUGAGGGUUUUAUUGUAUUUUAAGCCAGUUCUAAUCAUGUCUUCAUGAAUUCUCGUUCUUUUGUAAUAUAUUGUUUAGUGGUUGUGCUGGUUUGAUGUGAUAAAUGUCAUCAUUUCAUCCAGCAAUACAGGGUCUGACAAACAAUGAAUAUAUAUAUAUAUAUAUAUAUAUAACAUUGCCAUGGUUUUAGUUUAAGAAAUGAGUGACUUUGUGUGACUCUGUUUUAUUUUUAAGAAAGUGUGAGUUUAAAAAAUCUGGAUUAUUUUCCUCUUUUUUUUUUUUCGACAACAGCUACAUUUACAGUCAUAUUUUCUUUGAUAACAACAGAGUACCGUACAACGUGUUUUGCUAUUUGAACGUGUGGAAUAUUAUCAUCAGACCUUUAUCCCUCUCUAUUAUUCGAUUAUAUGUGAGGCAGCGUGGUGGAAUCAGGCUCUCGUCAAUUUUGGGGCAUGUAGAGCAAUUGGUAUCAU